AUGUCGGCCUUGUUCCGCAAACGAUCGGAUGACGGCCACGCCAUGCUCGCCCCCGACGAUCCCUACUAUGUGCGACAGGCGUACAGCAGCAGCAGUGUCGGUGGUGAUGGCCGAGCAGGAUCCUCCUUCUCGGCGCCUUCGUUCGACGAUCGCUUCAUCCACGACGAAGAUCGCGAGGUCUUUCUCGAUCGCAACGGACGAGGUCUCGGUUACAGCAAAGAAGGCAACGCGACGUUCGGCAAGAAGAAACUGCGAUCGUUCCCGUGGGCCAAAUCCAAGCCGACGUCAAUAGUCGUGCCGCAGCGGACUCCGAGCCCGAGACCGACAACGCCAACGAGCAUGGCACCGCUGCCGCCGUCGCCUGUCACCCCCAUCUCGGACCAGUUUACGACCCACGGCCUCGGCAUCUACACGACCACUAGCCCCGGCUCGGUCGCGUCGCUGAGUCCCGGACGUGCCACCGACUCGGGUCCCACGCUCGCACAGUUCCCCGCCCCACCGAGCUCACUCCCAUCCGUCACGUCGACGCUGAGCUCGGACUACUCGAGCAUUCAGUCGGUCCCGUCGAGGAUGCACUUGCCCCUGCCGAAGCGGAGAUCGUCGCUUAUUGCCGGGAUACCCAGCGGCAGUAAUGGCAGCGGAGGUCACGCGUUUAACGGCUCAGUGUCGACCGUCUCGACGUUCGAAACGACGUCGUCGUUCGCCUCGAGCAAACUCUUCCAUUCGAGCGUCGAUGACUACUACGACUCGAGCUCGGACGCGACGACCAUGUCCUCGUUGACCUCUUCCCCCGAGAGCAAGACACGACGCACGACGAACUCAGGGCGACGCAUGUGGAAGACCAAGGGCCUGCAAGAGUCGCCGCUGCGGCCCGACCAGGUCCUCCCGCCCUCGCAGCAGCAUCGUCGCGACGACGGCCUGCGACCGCCGUGCGAGGAAGACGAGGACGCCUACUUCGCUUCUACCACCUCCCUUGGCGCUACGACGUCACCUCACCCGAUCCCGUACCGUCGCAACUCGACGCCGAUGCCGGACUUUGUUGCGGCCAUGCUCGGCAUCGAACCCGAGACGCCGCCUCGCCCCAAGCGCUGGUCCGCUUCGUCGAACAAGCCCGCCGCCGAAUCGCCCCCCUUCGACCUCGCACGCGAAAAGGCCGCGGCCCGCCGGACAAGCCAACAAACGGUGCGACCCCUGGGGGGGAAUGCGGGCGCGGGCUCCGACGAGGACGCCGACGAUGAGGUGUCACCCCCGAGGCCGCGGCCGGCCCCGAGCGCAUUGCUCGACUGCCGCUCGCGCAUCCCGUCGAUCCGGUUCGAAGGCUUCGCCAUGGACUCGGUCUUUGCCGAAUUCGAACAGAAACUGCUCCGCUCCAAGACCUCGUCGACGUCAACGCCGACGAUCGAGGUUGCCGAAGCACCCGCGGAGGAGCGGAACCCCUUUCUCGAGACGGCCGCGGCCUCAGAUCACGAGACGAAGCUCCGCGAACGCAAGAGCACCCGCCGACGUACUCGCGUUAUCAGCGCCUAUCGCCCCUCGGAAGGUUACUUCAAUGUCGAGGAGGACGAGGUCACGCUCUCGCCCGCACCGCAGGUCAUGGACGCGUUGCGCAGCGAAUCGCCGCUCGCGGCGGCCUACGAGUCCAACGGCAGCGCAUCUUCCGCCAUGUCCCUGCCCUUGCCUUCGUCAUCAUCGUUGUCGCAGCAGCAGCUCAUGGUUGCUAGGCCGAGACCGGGUCCGCGUCGCGCCCAAACUCGUCCCGCCCGACUCGACGUCGACCUCGCCAACUCGCUCACAGAGUUUCAUCGAGGCGGCCUCGUCACGCCGACGAGCGCCUCGACCGUCACGCCGUACGGUGGUGUCGUCUCGCCUUCAGCCGACAGCGUCUUUUCAGCCACGACCUCCGAAGGGACCAUCGGCUCGGGUGAUGGCGCCGUUUCCCCGGUCAGCAUCGUUGCGCCGGCUUCCGCUCCGUCGAGCCCGCCGGCCCCUGUCGUGCUCCCACACUCGGUCGCGAACGUAGAGGCGGCCGGCCGUCGGACCCCACCGAUGACCCCCAUCAGCCCCGUCGACCCCACUCCGACCGCAGCGAGCCCGCCGUCACCGCCGCCGACGCGACCGCCGAUCCCGAGCGUCUUUGUCUUUCCUCCGAACGGCCCUUCGUACCGACGCGGCGAGAGCAGUGACUGGGAGGCGCCGCCGAAGCCGCCAAUGUACGCCGGUCCGACUAAGGUCACGUUGGUGCAGCCCAAGCGCAUGAUCCGCGCCUCGACGCGACCCGUAUCGUCGCUGCCGAAGCGCAACGUCGCCCGCCAGCCGCUGAUCGUGACGCCCAUCGUCGUCGCCGGCCCGAGUCCUGGACCUUUACCCCCUUCGCCAGCCCUGAGCUCGACGUCGACGAUCCACCCGCAGCGUCGAGCCGCGUCGCCCGUCGGAUGGUCCUUUCCACCGCGCGAACAGCUCCCUUCGCCUCCUUCCGCCAGCGCGAGUGCGAGCGCGAGUGUGAGCGCGAGGGGCUCGCCCGACCUCAGCAUCCGCCCCGCGUCUUUUUCGCCGAGCGACGAGUCCGGCUCGGACUGCGACCCGCUGCAGACGAUGAUGUCACGACUCAACGCACCCCACACCCCGCCUCGUGCUGCCGGCACGACGCAUUCGACCUCGACGCCGACGACGCCUCGCGGCCAGGACCACCCCAAUGGCCUGACGAUGAUGGCGCUACUGCGGCACACGAGCUCGCAAACGGGACUGUCGAUGCUCGAGCGCGAGCUGGGGAGCUUGCCGACGAGCUCGUCGACGGCGUCGUUCGAAGGAGGACCGCAGAUCUUGGUUACGGCGCCACCUCACGACGACGACGAUGACAACGACGAAGAGAUCGAACACGUCGACCACGGCUUGGACGACGAGAUCGCGACCGGCGUAGCGGUACCGGUACCCCACUUGAUGCGCGCCGCUUCCAAAUCCUCGACCUCGUCUUCGGGGGUUUCGACGAACGUCGACACGAUCCUGACGACGUACGAAUCCGACGACUCGGUCACGCGGUACGGCGAUGCGCCGCUGCUGCACAGCAACGUCGCGCCCCCGCUCGUGCCCAUCAUCAUCGACAAUCCGACCGUGCCCGAUUCAGAGCAUGCGCGCUCGCUUUCGGGCUCGUCAUCGUCGUCAUCGUCAUUCUCCUACGGCCUGGGCGCGGAGGACCACAACGACGACGACGCCCUGUCCCGCGGGUUCAGCGACGAAUCACUGCUGUCCCCGACUGACUCGGAGGUCGACCCCCUCGACGUCAUGUCGCGCGAGAUCGAGGACACGCUCGCGGAAAUCGAGGAAUCGGUCGCAAGCUCGUCGUCGAUGUCGAUCGCUUCGUUGAUGAUGGGAUGCUCGGUCACGCCCAAGUUGGGGGGAUCGAGCUUGACGCCGAGCCCAACCUGCGCUUCAGAAGACGCGUUUGGCACAUUCCCUGAUGCCGACGCCGACUCGGCAGAGGAAUUCACGCGGGGCAGUGCGAUCCCCGUGCGGAUGAAGAGAUCGGUGGCCGCGACUGCGGCCCCGAGCCAUUCCCGCAAUUGGUCCGACGUGUCAUGCUCGACAAUUAUGACCGACAGCACCGAGUCGUCGACGUCCUCGUCUUCGACCAACUCGUCGGACGAACACCACGCCGAGAUCGCGGUCGUCAUGACGGGGCAACGCAUCUCGCGCAGGACGGUUGGCGCCGUCGGGGUUGGGGUGUUUGGGCAGGCGAUGUAG